CUCUCAGCUUCCGUAUCUUGUCUCAUCAGCAAUCUUAAAAGGUUAGUUCUCUCUCGUGCUCGAUGACCAUUAAGAUUUCAAAUUUAAUGUUUUCUACUACAUCAACCCGGUGAGAAUGACUGCAGACUAGUGGGGGAGUGAAUUGGGAGAGAGAGAGAGAGAGAGAGAGAUGGAGAACAUAACAGCAAGUGAGAUUGCAGGUUUUGGGGUGGGCACUCUGCUUCUGUGUGCCACAAUUGCUGCUCCAAGAGUUGACUCUUUCAUUUCUGCUUCACAGAGGAGCUCACUCGGUAUGUGCACGAAAUGCGGUGACCUGAAGCUAAUAGCAUGCUCAACAUGUCGUGGAGUUGGAUCGGUCAAGGAAGGCGGGCUUAUCGGAUUCAAUUUCGUGGACGAUAUAUAUCAAUCGCUUGGUGGCGAUGAAUCAGGUGGGAAAACCACACCAUGCACGAAGUGUCGAGCUAGAGGUCAUUUUCGUUGCCCGAAUUGCUCUAAGUCGCAGUAAUCAAAGUCCGGCUUUUCCUUCAGCUUAAGUAAGAGGACGAAAUUAUUUUGGGGGCCAGGCAAAUUGCUUGUUCAUCGCACACACCUUUCCUUUUCUGUAACAUAGACCCGUAUUUGUUUGGAUUUGUCAUAGCGUAAUCACCCAAAAGAUGGAUUAUUUUGUAGGGGCUGGAGAGUUUCUCUUGCUUGUUCUAAUAGGGGUGAAAACUUGCAGAAACAACUGUUGUUGAAUACAGAGAAUCAAAUUCACGGACUUGUUGCGUACUGUAAAUAGAACAGCUUGGCUAAGUAUCAGAAGUGGUGAAAGUCCAAAUUUUAAAGGAUUUGAA